AUGUCUGCGAAUGCGAGGUUGACUUUCUGGACGUGCUCCACGGCCUUGUUCGCCGCCAUCGCUGUCGGCUUGUACUCGAGCGGGACGUCCGAGGCGGGGCGGCUCGCCUCGGGGCCCGCCGAGAACAACUUCACCGCCGUGGCGGCGCGGCACGGGUACCGCAGCGAGCAGCACACGGUGGCCACGGCGGACGGCUUCCUGCUGACCGUGUUCCGCAUCCGCCGCGGCCAGCGCUGCGCGGGCAGCGUGGCGCGCGCGCCCGUGCUGUUGCUGAGCGGCCUGCUGCUGAGCGCGGAGUCGUGGCUGGCCGCCGGGCCGGCCGCCGGGCUGGCCUUCCUGCUGCCCGACGCCUGCCACGACACGUGGCUCGGCAACGCGCGCGGCGGCGCCCACGCGCGGCGCCACCGCCGCCUGCGCCCGCGCGACCCCGCCUUCUGGCAGUUCUCCGCCGACGAGGUGGGCGCCUACGACGCGCCGGCCACCGUCGACUACAUCCUCAACCACACGGGCCGAGACAAACUCAAUUUUAUCGGCUACUCUCAGGGCGGCACCGCCGCUUUCAUCAUGCUCGCGGAGCGGCCGGAGUACGCCAACAAGCUCGGCGUAUUGCUCGCCAUCGCGCCGCCGACCGACCUCAUACACAUGACAUCUGCGUUUGGUUGGUUUCUCAAGGCGAGCGAGAUGCUGGAAGGAACGUUGGCGCGUAUCGGUGUCUAUGAAGUCUUCGCCACCGGUUCUGUGAUUCAAAGGAUAGCUGAGCAUAUUUGUAGAUUUCGAAUCAUUCGAGACUCUCUGUGUAGAGGCUUUUUCGAAAUGCUCGACUCUCCCCACCCGGGCUCCAUAGCGGAUGAGACGUAUGAAACUCUCUACAGCCACUUUCCUUCGGGAACGUCCGUCCGAUCGAUGGCUUGGUACGGGCAGACAUUCCGAUCGGGUAAAUUUCGGAAGUAUGAUUUUGGUGAACGAGGAAAUCAGAAGAAGUACGGCAGCCCGCACCCUCCGGAGUACGAGCUGGGCUCGGUGGCGGUGCCCACCGUCAUCCUGCAAGGGCAAAAUGACCAGUUCGUGACUGUCAGGGAUUCCGAGCGUCUGGCGUCCCGGUUACCUCAUGCGGAGUUGUGUAUCAUAGAGGACCCGUUGUGGAACCAUAUCGACGUACUUUUUAGUCAGAAUAUAAAUGGAAGCUUGUUUCCAAAAAUUAACCAGUAUUUGCUCAAAUACAAUACCCGGUGAAGUUUUCAGAUAGUAAAUACGAAUUCAAAAUUC